CUGACCACACUCUUUCUGCCCUCCACUCCCAGCUCACUCCUGAUCCCCACCGCCCACCUCGGUUCCGCCAUGGCCUACGGCGGCGGGAAGUCGGCCGUGGACGCCAUCCUCGCGGAGGCGGCGGACCUCGUCGCGCUGGAGCAGAUCGCGAGGCUCAACACGGCGCACCUCGACGACUCCGCCGCGCUGCCCUCCAGCCUCGAGUCCCGCUUCCGCAAGCUCAAGUCCCUCCCCGCCGCCGCCGCCCCCGCACCCCCGCCCGCCAAGUACCUGGGCCGCAGCGUCACCGCGCCGCCGCAGCACCGGGACGAUCCUCCCGCCGACUCGCCUCCACUCGCGAACCAUCCCGCGCGCAAGGAUGACCAGAGCUCUCCGCCGCAGCCUCCUCCGAAGUCGACCGUCCCCGCGGUUCCGGAGGAAGACGACGAGGACCUGGAGCGGCUGUUCGGGCCACGGCGCGGCCGCCCGACGCUGAAGGAGCGGAACCGGCGGACGGCCUCCUCCUCCUCCUCCUCCCGGUCUCCCCCACCGCCGCGCCAGGCGUGCUGCUUCCCCUUCUCGCCCAAGAAGGCCCUGCAGAAGACCCCUGCCACUACCACCAGGAGCAGCAAGAAGAAGACCCACGCCGAAGGGUACACCGGCGACGUCCUCGGCGUCGACGCCGGCGAGUGGGGCGACGAGAACAGGCGGAUGGUCACGGAGCUCAGGGAGCAGCAGCGGAAGAUGAAGCAGGCGCUGGAGGAGCAGGUCGAGGUGAGCAGGGAGACGGCCAAGAUGGCGCGCUGGGUCAAGCAGGCCUCCGCGCGCAUGACGCACACCGAUGCCAUUGACGACCUGCUCAGCGACCUCGACGAUGACGACGACGAGCUCAAGUGAACGGGAAAUUCUGC